UUCCCUCACCGACAGACAGCUGAAGUUGCCAAUCAGUGUUUGUGAGUGGUGCUGCGCCCCUACGGGCCGACCCUCACUAAUGGAGCCCGGAGACAAAAAUAACCGUGUGUGUGUGUGUGUGUGUGUGUGAGUGAGUGAGUGAUCGCUGUGCUAUGUCUCCGUCCAGGGUGUGCUCUAAUAAUAGAGGAGGCUGCCUGCUCCUUUAAGAGACCGCUUGUUGCAUACUCGACAAAAUAAAUUGUAGCAAAAUGGUCAUUAAAGUUUUCCUCGCGUCUUCGUCGGGAUCCACAGCGAUCAAGAAGAAGCAGCAAGAUGUGGUUGCCUUCUUGGAGGCUCUUAAAGUUGACUACACUCCGCUGGACAUCGCGUGCAAUGAGGACAACCGCAUGUGGAUGAGGCAGAACGUCCCUGAGGACAAGAAGCCGGCCAACGGCAUCCCCCUCCCCCCACAAAUCUUCAAUGAAGAGAGUUAUUGUGGGGACUACGACACAUUCUUUGAUGCCAAAGAGGACAAUUUAGUGUACACCUUCCUGGGGUUGCCCCCUCCUCCUGGGUCAAAGGAAGCAGAGCAAGCUGACAAGGAUAACAUUGUGGAGAAUGGCACCCAUGCUGAGGAAAACCUUGACGACACAAUAGUUCCAGUGGAGGAUCGUAAUGGGGAUUCAAAUAAAGAGGUGAAGCAGGCCACUGAUGAGAAUGAAGAAGGUGAGGGUGAUGAGGAGGAAAAGGAGGGGGCAGCAAAGGAAGAGACUGCAGAUGAUGAAGGAGAAACAGUAGGAGAUGAAGCCCCCACAGAGAAGGAGGAGGAGGCAGCAGUGGAAGAAACAGACGAGGUCACAGAAGACACUGAGGGCCAAGCAGAAGAGGAAGAAGAACAGGAGGAAGAGGAUUUGCAGUCAGAGGAGGAAGAAGAGCUACGACAGCUUGAGUGACUCAUUACUUUGUCAGAUUAUUAAUCCCUUCCACACCUCAAGCAUUCCUUCAAUGUUUAGUAUUUCACUACUUGUUAGCAUAUUUUGUCUUUUGCCAGAAGCAAUUAAUUGGUCGCCUCAUGUUUGUGAUAACAAAAGGUCAGAGUAAAAUGCUUUAAAAAACCCCCAAAACAACACAAGUCCAAGUCAAAGACGUACCAUCCAGAGUGAUGAUUAAUACAGCACCUAAAGUUAUUCUCAUAGAUGAGAAAUGACCAAUAUAGGGCUCAUUUAAAAAGACAAUAAUAGUAACAACAGUGUUUACGUAAUAAUCCAUUUUCCUCAGUUAUGUCAUUAUGUUGAAAGAGUGCUUUGUGGGCCUUUUUUUUGCCCUGGAUUUUGCCUGUCAGGACACAUCCCCAAAACUUUUCAACUUCAUGUGUCCCAACUUUCAAAAAGCAAACUCACGCACUUGCUCUCGCACUGUUUUUCAGUCUGCACCCUGAGGACAGGGUUUGAAGUCUGGCGAGUCAGCCCAGCCGGUUUUUCACCCAGCGUUGCUCAUCUCCAGGGUAGCUCCCCUAAAGAGUCCACACUUUAACCGUUCCCUAAAUCAGACUCUGCCUCCUGCAACACACCAACACAAUGAAUAAUCAGUUGGUUCAAAAAGUCCAAGUUGUUUAAAAAAAAAGAAAGAAGAAAAGUCUCUGGUUCUAAGUGCUGUGUGAAAAGGGCUCUGCUUCUCAGAGACAUUCCAGCCUCUGCCUGAGUUUCCGCCGCUUAUGCUUCACUGCUUCGCCCUGCUGUUUUCCCGCUUUUCCUUCCCAUCUGUUUUGUCCUUGUCCAACCUCUCUUGCAGGAGCAAGACGAACAAGGCCGUGCUGUAGUUUCUGGUGGUUCUACUUUUUUUUUUUUUUUAAGCUUGACAGACUUGCCCUUCUCUCCCUUUCUCCUUCUUUCUUUUGGUGUGCUGCAUGGACAUUUAGGUCCACUUUCCAUGGACAUGCCUGCUGGUGUGCAGCAUGAUAAACCUGAUCAUAUUUGACCUAAACCUUAAAGGUGGAUUUCAUGUAGUAACAGAUAUGCGAGUCACAUAUGGACCAUAAUGUUGGUUUCUUUUUCAAAACUGCCUGAUUUCGUGUU